AUGUAUCGCCUACGUGAAACAUCUUCAGUGUCGGCCUUGGGCGUCAUUGCCAACCCUGCGAACAUAUUCAAGGAUCCAUCUUUCCAGGUCUCGAUUCCCUACCGAAAGCCGCAACAAACUGGAGAGACCCUGGUAGGUGGGCCAUAUGGAUCCAAGGCGUGCACCAAGGAUGACAAGGGAAAAGUCUGCCUACGUUGUUGGAGAUGGUCGCUAACGGGCGUGCGAGAUACUCGGAAAUUGGUGGAGGGCUCAGGCGGACAUCAAAACAGUCUCCUAGGCAAGCAUUGGGGAUAUCCUGCCGAGAUGCUGGAUGCGGACUGUCCAAUGUGCAGACUGUUUGGCAUGCACUCGGAGGACUUUCAAUCGAUCAACGGCCCAAUGCAGGGUCGUCGUUACGACCUGCGAGAGCUGACCUUUACUGUCAAGCUGCCUCAAUCACGCAGCUCCGGACACUUAGCAACAACGGCGAAGUUCUGGUACCUCGUUCCUUCAUCUGCGCCACGUUCUAACUUUGCACAACUAGCCGGCUCUGGUUCCUGUAUCGGCCUCGCAGAUGGCCGAGACGGGAGCGCCGCAUCACCCUCCGACCAUUUGAUGCCGGUGCUCAUUGAUCCCAACACCAUCAACUACAACACCAUAGAGACAUGGCUUGCUCUUUGUGAUAGGAACCACCGAGGAACUUGCGACUUUCUGCCCACAGAGACCGUGCCCCAUCUUCGUCUGAUUGACUGUCUGGCACUACCUCCAAAACUUGUAGAUGCCAUGCCGCGUCGGAAGUACGCUGCGUUGAGCUACGUAUGGGGGCGUGGAGGCGUCAAAGAGCAACUCGAAGGAGACACCGUCGUGUGGCGACUGCUCCCGCAGACCAUCCGUGACGCCAUGACGGUCACCCGGAAACUCGGCCUACGCUACCUCUGGGUCGACAGAUAUUGCAUACCGCCGCCACUCUUGCAAGAGCAAAUCAGUAAGAUGGAUGUCAUCUACAGCGGUGCCGAACUUGUCAUCGUCGCGGCCGCCGGUGGUGACAUCGAGUACGGCCUUCCAGGUGUAGGCGCCAGGAAACGGACCCAACAACCGUACGCGACUGUCGGAAAAGACGUGUUCGCGUCUACACUAACCGACUUCGACUCGAUGAUGCACACCUGUUCAUGGUGGAAGCGUGCCUGGUGCUUCCAGGAAGCCUUGUUGUCUCGCCGCCGGCUCAUCUUCACCGACGAAAAGGUCUACUUUCUGUGCCGCAACAUGCUGUGCGUCGAAACCCUGAGCAUACCUUUCGAGGACCCCUCGCACCGACCUCGCACGAGGAUGGACUCCUCUACGGGGUUCUUUGACUGGCUCGUCACCGGAGGUUCAUCCCGCGAGAACCCAGACCAGAUACGGGCCAUUCUCUCAGCAUACUCCGGCAAGGGCAUGAGCUUCGAAUCCGAUGGCCUCAAUGCCAUUGCGGGCGUGUUGCGAGCCUUCGCAAGAGUAGAUAAAAGGGGACUGGAAUUUCGCAGCUACGGAGGUCUCGCUAUCACGGGACCUCCCACCACCAAUUCCUUCGUAUCCGCACUCCUGUGGGCUCAUUGGAUACCCAGGGGCAGGAGACCGGGCGGGUUCCCAAGUUGGUCCUGGGUCGGCUGGACGGGAAGUUUUCGCGCCAGCUCCAUCUCCAGAGAAGUCGACCACGAGAUGGAAGCCCUCCUGUUGGAGGGAGACGGCACGACGACCGUCAGUUGGGAGGGCUUUGUGGCUCGCAGUCGACCUGACGACGGCAUUUUCCCGCUGUCGCUAUACAUACGACUACACGCGCUGACCUGCAUGGUGCAAGUGUGCUAUCGUCCCUCUGCGGGAAAGGAUCAGAGAUACGUCGUACCCGUGCAGCGACUUCCUGGAGGCAAGGUACGCUACGCAACUGUGUCUCUUGGGUACGCUUGCUCCGACACAGGUGGACUGGACGACGACGACCUUCAUGUGGCCCUUGUUCAACGGCCCCAGAAAUGCGUGCUGCUCGUGCCUCACGAUGACGCGCGGAAGCUGUCUGGCAUUGCGCUUCUCGUGCGCAAGGUAGGAGAUGAGCACUAUGAACGCACGGGAAUGUUCCAGUUCGAGUAUUUCGGUAAUGUUUAUGAUGAAAUGGGCAAUUACGACAGCUUCUUGUUGAGCACUGAUGAAAGAGCGGCCGUUGAAGGGUUCGAUUUUCAAAGGGAGUGGAUAUGUUUGGGCUAG